AUGAGGCAGGUAGGAUCGGUCUUGUGGCCGAAGUUGAGGGUGUUGCAGGUUUAUGGUGCGAACACGGGUGUUGGCAAGACCAUCUUCUCGAGUAUUCUUUGCCGAGCGUUCAAAAAGAGGUUGGAUGAGGUGAAUUAUCUCAAACCUGUCUCUACGGGGCCUUUGGAGGAGGCAGAUGAUCACCAUAUCUCGACAUUGGGAACUGGAGUGACGACAAAAUGCUUGUUUCAAUUCGAUGAUCCAGUCAGUCCGCAUCUGGCUGUUCGAUCGGCGGGCAAGCCCAUCUGCGAUGCCGAGGUCCAAACAGCCAUUCACGAGGAGCUCUGUCGCCAUGCGAAAGCACUAAACGGUAUCUCGAUAGUCGAGACUGCUGGAGGAGUACUUUCACCCUCGCCAUCAGGAAGUUCACAAGCAGAUCUAUAUCGACCAUUCAGAUUGCCAACGAUUCUCGUCGGAGACCAUCAGUUGGGCGGCAUUGGAACCACAAUCUCGGCAUGGGAGUCACUACACAUCCGUGGCUAUGAUGUGCAUUCAGUAGCGUUGUUCGUGGAGGACCGGUACGACAACCAUUCCUACCUCAAAGAGUAUUUCGGUGAUCGCAAGAUCAACACCAUUGCGAUACCUCCACCGCCAGAACGCAACUCAAAUGUUCAAGAAGAUCAGAAGGCUAUGAGAGCAUUCUACGAGCGAUCGAGUGGACGGGUGCAGAUCUCUGCUUUCGUGGACCAGUUCUUACUCGAUCAUGAAAAGCGGAUCAGCGAGUUGUGCUCGAUGCCGGAGGAAGCUGACCAGGCCAUCUGGCAUCCAUUCGUGCAGCACACGGAGAGAUCGAAAGACACGAUCAUGGCGUGGGACUCGGCGUAUGGCGAUCAUUUCCAAAGCUACUCUACGAAACAGGAAGCGGCCUUGGAGGACUUCCCCGACAAAUCGCUACUCACCCCAGCAUUCGACGGCUCAGCCUCUUGGUGGACACAAGGGCUUGGUCACGGCAACCCGUCUCUUGCCCUGACCGCAGCUCAUGCUGCAGGACGAUACGGCCAUGUCAUGUUCGGUGGCGCAAUUCACAAGCCAGGCCUCGACCUCGCGCAGACCGUGAUCAAGAAGUCUGGCAACCCACGCCUCAGCAAAGUCUUCUACUCCGACAAUGGCAGCACUGGGAUGGAAGUCGCAGUAAAGAUGGCGCUCCGAGCCUCCGUCGAGCGAUACCAAGUCAAAGACCCAAAGAACGUCUCAAUUCUCGGGCUGAAGAACAGCUACCACGGUGACACAAUCGGCACAAUGGACUGCUCCGAACCCAGCAUCUUCAACGAGAAAGUCGAAUGGUACAAAGGUCGCGGUCUCUGGCUUGACUUCCCAACUGUGAAGAUGCGAGAAGGCCAAUGGCUCGUUGAACCUUUCGAAGGCGCACCAUUCGAAACGCAGCUGUUUGGCUCUCUUAGCGAUCUCUUCGACUUUGAUCAGCGGGAGGCUGAGUACAAUGCGUACCAGAAGUACCUCAAAACCGCCAUCUCCACCAAAGUCGCAGGAGGCAACCUGACGCUCGGCGCGCUCAUUCUUGAGCCUAUCCUCUUGGGCGCCGGAGGCAUGAUGUUCGCUGAUCCACUCUACCAACGCUGCCUUGUCGAAGUAGCGCGUGAGUUCAACGUCGAGGAGCCGAGUGACUUCCUCGCCACUCAGCAUUCUAAUGAGGAUAACCACGACUGGUCCGGCAUCCCCGUGAUCUUCGACGAAGUCUUCACAGGUCUAUACCGUCUCGGCCGUUUCAGUGCUGCUUCUUUCCUGGGCAUACAACCGGACAUCGUCGUGAAUGCGAAACUCCUGACGGGAGGUCUGCUGCCGCUGUGCACCACGACUGCGAGCCAGAGUAUCUUCGAAGCGUUCCUGAGUAACGACAAGACGGAUGCUCUCCUACAUGGACACAGCUACACCGCUCACCCCAUGGGCUGCGCCGUGGCGAACGAGAGUCUGCGUCAGCUCCAAGAUCUUGACCGCGGUGGCGCAUGGGAGAACUUCAAGGAGGACUGGAGUCCGCGUGGUACAUCUCAUGGCGUGUCGUACCAGGGUAGCGAGCAAGCGUGGAGUAUGUGGAGCUGGGACUUUGUCUCGAAUGUCUCGCACAAGGCGAAUGUGGAUAAUGUGUUCGCUCUUGGGUCCGUGUUGGCAAUCACGCUGAAGGACCCGGCGGGCAGUGGAUAUGCUUCGACUGCGGCGACGGGGCUGAGAGACAAGAUGUUGGCGGGUGAUGGGACGGGAAAUGGGGUGGUGCAUUCGAGGGUGUUGGGGAAUGUGCUGUACCUUAUGGCUGCUAUGACAACGCCGGAGGAGACUUUGAGGGAUUUGGAGGGGACGGUUUCGAAGGCGCUGGAGUGA